GACAAGGACAUCAAGAAGUAGAAGUCGACCAAGGAGUCGACCUCCACGCUCCAUAUCACGCUCAAGAAGUCGUCAUUCUUAUUCAUCAUAUUCUUCACGUAGUGGUUCCUAUUCUAGUAGUAGAGAAAAUAGAUCACCAGUACCAGCAGCACCAACAGCAUCAACAACAAGAGGCCGUAACUCCAUUAGAUCACCACCGCCAACUUCUUCUUCGCGUCAUCACAAUUACACCUCUUCUUCGCGUAGACAACGGCGUUCCUCUUUAUCGCCCAUACUUCCUACAAAAAUUAUGGUUAAUAAAUUAACAAAAAAUGUUAAGGAAGCUCAUUUACAAGAAAUAUUUGGUGCAUUUGGUAGGAUUAAUCGAAUAGAAGUAUUGAUUGAUGAAAAAUGGCAAACAAAUAAAGGUACAGCUUAUAUUGAUUUUGAAACCGGAAAUGAUGCAGAAAGAGCUAUAAGUUAUAUGGAUGGGGGUCAACUUGAUGGAAAUACGUUAUCUUGUACAUUUGUUCCACGUCGUCAACCAUCACCACCUCCAAUUAGACCAAUUAUGAGAUACAAUUCGCCACCACCGUUUCGACGAUUUACAGCUAGCAGUUAUCGUGGGCGUGGAAGAUCUCCAAGAAGAUAUUCUAGAUCUAGAUCAAGAUCACCACCAGUUCGUCGCAGAAGAUCUUAUUCUUACAGUUCCUACAGUUCGCGUACAAGUCAAUCUAAUUCUUCUAGAAGUCGUAGCAGAAGUUAUUCAUCAAGAAGUCGUUCUCAUAGCCGUUCUCCUCGAAACGCAAGUCAUAAUCGUCAUUAA